UGCUGCAUGGGCAUGUAGUUGCGUGUGUGUGUGCCUGUACCUUCUGCAUCUCCACCUCGACGGUGGAUCCGUGAAUCCGAAACACGGAAUUUUUAGCGUAAAUUGUGAUCUCAAUAAAGUAGAAUACCAUGCUGCAAUUUAUGUUACUGUUUAGCCGUCAAGGCAAGCUGCGCCUUCAAAAGUGGUACGUCGCACACUCGGACAAGGUAAAGAAGAAGAUCACCCGGGAACUGAUCACGACGAUUUUGUCCCGAAAGCCCAAGAUGUGCUCCUUCCUGGAGUGGAAAGAUUGUACGAUCGUCUAUAAAAGGUACGCCAGCUUGUACUUUUGCUGCGCGAUCGAACAGAACGAUAACGAACUGCUAACACUCGAGGUGAUCCACCGGUAUGUGGAGCUGCUGGACAAGUACUUCGGUAGUGUUUGUGAGUUGGAUAUCAUUUUCAACUUCGAGAAGGCGUACUUUAUACUGGACGAGCUGCUAGUGGGAGGAGAAAUACAGGAAACGUCGAAAAAGAACGUCCUCAAGGCGAUAGCUGCCCAAGAUGUGCUUCAAGAGCAAAAGGAACUGGAAUGCUAAAGUGCAACCGCGCCUGCUCUCCGGUGCAAGUGCACACAACACAAACAGGCGUCAACAGCUGAUAGCCUUCUUUUUCUCCGAAUGAUCCGCACUGCUUCACGUGAAGGUUGUCACAUUUUAGCUUUUUCCCAUUGGUCCAUUUGGGAUGGGGUACAUUAGGUGUGUCACUAUCGAGGAAUGCGUUCGGUGUGUGUUCUUCUUCAGCUUAGGUAUCGGUACAGUUUCCCUCUCGUCGUGGUAUCCUGCCAGCGUGCCAGGGCAAGCGUCAGCAGUGCUGUAAAUAUGCAAUCGGUUGGAUCUCAAACGGUGUGUCUCUUAGUACCUUCAGUUUCAAUCCAUUUGGAGUUUCCUUAUCGUUCUUGUUCCAAGUUCGUUAUUUGUUUCUGGUCUACAACUCAUUCGAUUGUACAUGUACCUCAUCUUUCGGGGACAGACACUUUGUUUGUAAGUAGCUUCUAUUAUCCUUACUGUUCGUUCUUUUGGGACCUUUUUUGGAUCAUGUUAAAUGCUUUCUAAACGUUUCCCUUCACAUCCCUUUCAUUCCUUUUUGUCAAAAUAGUGUAUCAAGUGCUUUAUCCAGUGGUGGGGCUACAUACUUUCCCAUAUACACGAAAAUGACCGUUAGCGGAUCAAGUCGAUUGCGACUGAUGGGAUUCGAAAAAGUGAGAAACUUACUCAAAAUCCUCUUCCCAAAAUUUGUCUUACAGGUUCUAGAUGAGGACGAUUAUUUUUUGAUUUACUAAACUCUAACCGACACCACACCCAGACACGACCACGUCUAACCAGGACACUACCAUUGCCCUCCUACUGUCCCCGUCCCUGUCCAUUAGACACCUUCAGACACACCUCUAUCUGUCCACCAAGAGCGAGAGGAUUUCUUUUUUAUGCUGACGUCCUUUUUUAUUGUUUUUCCAAAAAUGAUCCGUAAAGAUAAAAGCGAGGCGGAAAUGCUACGGCUAUAGUUUAGGUAGUAACAUAAGCCACAUAAGUCGACUUCCAAAAGACAUAAUACUAUCGACGUCGACACUGAUCUGCGAACACUAUCGUAUCGCGAUCGUGAGUAUUUAUAUUUAAACAAAACAAAGUGAAACUUUAAAACACACAGACACACAUGUAAACACGAAAUUUUAGCCAUUUAUACAUUUAGAGACAUACUUAGUAACGCUUAGAAAAUAUAUACCCACAAACACAACACCUCCUCUUAUCUCUUGUUUGUUUCUGCCUUUGUCGAGGUGGAUGAGCUACCACUUUCGGUGAGAACCGUCUCGAAGGGUGGGUGGGAUGUCUUUUUCUGUUUUUGUUUCCAAUUCGUUUCUCUAUUGCACCUUGCCCUACCCAAUGUUUCCAUUCUCUUUCUUUGGUUUGAACCACUUUUGCUCCUUAUCCGUGGUUUGUCGAUCUUUGACGUUAUAUUUUUGUGUUUGUUUCAUAAUUCCGUUUUUUUUUCUGAGUAAUUAUAAAGUUCCUUUAUCUAAUAAGUAUUUCUUUGCACCCCUGCCGAUGAUUUGCAUGAAAGAAGAAUCAUUAACCGAUUGCGGGAAUUAAAUUUGCAUGGUCGUGUGUUUGGAUCGGUUGUUCGUUGUAACUGUGGACCUACGGUGUAUUUAAUAUUAGGACGGAUCUUGCGAGCAAUCGGUUCGAUCUAUCAGUACUACGUCAAGCAGAGUUCGCUAAUGGGAUGCUAGCCAGUGUGCACCUUGUGGAUAAAGACAAUAAGGUUUGGAUAACACUCUUUACUCCUCCCCAUUGUAGAUAUUCCUCUAUCCUAAGCAGCGCGUGUUCGUGUGCGGCAUUCAUAUUCUUCUGUUAAAAAAAUUAAAGUUCCCCUUUCCCACCUCCUCUUCUCUCUUCCCUCACCCAACCUUGCUGUACAUUAUGAAGCAUGUGGAUCGGAGUGAAUUGUCUGAAAAUAAAGGCGUGGUGUGUAUGUACGUGAUUUGGUGAUCCAUCUCUAUCGAUCUUCUGUUAUAUCUCUGUUCUUGUUCUCACGGUCACUCUGCUGUCUUCAAGCGUCUUUUCGAUCUUCUAUGAAAAUUGACCAUCUGAACCAUCCAAAAACUGAACGGUCGGCAACAACAGUUUAACGGAUUUUUUAGCACGGCUCUAAAUGCGACCUCUUGUAGCGGCCGAUCUGUAAAUAGGCAAACUACAAACGAAACGAAAACAACGCUACCCUAUACUCCUAUACUGCUCACUAAAACCACACUCAACAACCUUUGGAACGGUCUAAACCUAUGAAACAAAAAUCAAAACCACCUAAAACAUAGCCACCGCACUGUGUACAUUGUAUUUUCAU